AUGAAUUUCUGCAAAACUACUGAUUGUAACCUAGACUGUGGAAAUGGCGACGAUGAAGCGGUCUCUCCCGACGUAGAUGUGCUUCGCCUUUUGGCCGCACGUUCUGCGGAAAUGAUGGCCUGUGAGGCUUCCCUGCACGUUGCUACUGCGCGGGCUAUUGCCCCUCUCCAACGGCUGCCUGUUCGUCUCCGAAGGCGUGCUGCCAGUCAUCAGCUCCGCCGCCUUCCCAGGCGUCUCCACCUUGGACUAUCACAGACUGUGAGCCAAAAGCUGGUGAAGCAAGCGAAGCGGUGUCGGCGCUACCGGCGACGAUCUCAGCGACUGAUGGCGUUGGCGACGCGACGUGUUCUUACACCCACAGGUGGAGGCGAGGGCGAUGGCCGAAUACGCUGGAUUCCCACAGCCCUCUGGCACGCCAAGCGUUUCCACAUGGUGGAGAACUGGGGCUGGCGUUUACCUUUUGCUCCUACCGAUAAGAUGUUCAAAGCUCUCCAACGAGCCACCACAGAUCGGUGCAUGUUGCUUGAUCACGGCUACUUGAGUUGCUUCUCUCUAUCUGGAGCCUGUAAUCUGCUCAAAAUUUGUGUUGAAGAGACUACGCUUCCCUUCUUUGUGUCCUGCAUUGGCAUCGAUCUUCCAUCGGAUGCUUCCUCCUCGACUAGCUUCCACGAAUCAGUUGGUCUUUUGUGUUCUGAAGCAAUACCAACUCAACGAUUGAUGGGUGUUGCUCGUCUUCCGAAUAUCUCUCGAUCCAUUCUUGGCCCCGUGCGAAUAUUAUGGGGUCCAGCUAGUCAGAACGAUGAUGGUCAUCGAUGUUCCACUGUAUGGUUUUGGCUGCAUCCUAGCGUGUCUUCAGAUGCUUGGAAGCUGUUAACUUCGCUGGACUAUAUCUCCACCGGUUCGGAUGGGUCAAGAGCAUCUCUCAAGUUGGUCGAUUGCACGGGCCAUCUGUGCCGCAUGAAACUCAUUGGUCCUUUCGCGCAUCAAGUCCUUGCUGAUAUUGUGAAGCCACCACCAUCUUUGCCCACCCAUUCAACCUUUACAACUGGAGAGUGGGCCUUGUGGGAAGCUCUAUCAGGCGAGUCUUUUACUUGUGUUGAUUUCUGGUUACUUCCAAAGCGACGGACGCUUAAUGACCAUGCUCCUUUGACUGCAUUUAGGCCGCUUCUCAAGCUACACAACAGGAACUGGCUAAUUCAGAUGCCAAACGAGGGCGAAUCGACGACCCAGUUGAGGCCCAGUUUUGUCUCUAAGUGCUUGACAUUGGGUGAACUAACCAAACUUCGCCACGAUCACUGUGAUGCCGAAUUCGGUGCUUUUCUUAUUCAGUCUUUUUCCUCUCCAGAACCCUGCUGUUCUUCUGAGACAGGUAUUCCCAUCCUUCUGAUCCAAAAUGGAACCCCCAGCCUUGCAAGUCAGAAGUCUCAAUGUGUGGGCUGGGAUGUUGUACUACCCAGAAAACUGCUAAAGCCGUCUGGUACUAUGUCACCACCUCAAGAAUCGGGACUGAUGACAGCACCACGCGUCGACACUUCUGCACCGCGAGACUUCGUGGUGGCUUGUACCUAUCGCGGCGUACGCGUAGGGGGCUUGCGAGACCAGCUACGAUGGGCAAUUCUCACCACCGAGGCUGCAGGACGUAUUGAUGCUUUUCCCUAUGCUCUAUGGCCUGAUACUCCUGCCGCAUGUUGCAUCACUGACACAAAUGACCACCUCAAAAUCGAACGAGAUUCAAACGGUCAGCUAACGAGUGACGCCAAACGAAGAGCACGGAUCAGGUUUCGGUGCGCUGCACCUAUGUCCAAGGAUUGGUUGCAGUUGCUUGAACCAGUCUCCCCUCGGACCGAGGGAGAAGGCUUUUUCGUGUUGCGUGACAAGGCCCUGCUAGUUCUAGUGGUGCGCCGACUCCUUUCCGGAGAUCCGCGAGCCAGACACCUUACCGUGGAACACCUCUCGCGAUAUGACCCUCGUCUGUCUAGAGCUCUCAUUAUGGUAAAGCUUGAGGUCACAUCACGUGGCGUGCCGGAAGCAAGGGCAGAGGUCUUUGCACCUCUGAUCACAGACGAUCCCUCGCUAGGUCCUAUUUCGGACAAGACUCAGCGAACACUGCUUGGCUACGUUGAUGAAGGUGCCUAUGCAUUUUCGCACGGUUUCUGUAUUGCCAUAGGCUUUAUUAGUUUGGCCGUUGUUUGUUCCAUGCCCUCCAGGGAGCGAUCUUCCAAAGGAUUGCAGACAGUUCUCUUCAGAAGUCUUAAAUCAGGUGAUCUGUACGGCGCAAAGAUGACCCUUAUUGUAUGA